AACAAUCAAUUGGUUACCGGGGUACAUUGAGAUAUUGAUUGCAGAGUUACUCUGCCCAGCAAUGGAAGCUACCCUGAGACGCUGCCAUUUCCUCUCUCUCAAUUCCUUUCUUCCCCAUUUUCUACAAAAAUUUCAAUUUUCAACCACUAAAAUCUCUAUUAUUUGACACCCCAAUCGUGUAUAACACCGUAUUCCACGUACAAAAUGUCAGGAUUUGGUGUUCGGCUCGAAAAUUCUCAUCCGGUUUUACCUGAUAAUCCGAACAACUCAAAUUUCUGUUUCGGUGGAUUGUUCCUGGAUGCUAGUACUGUUCCUUCUUCAAUUGUCAAUACAAUUUCCGGUGAAGUUUGUGGUCACGGUCGUCCCGUGUGCUGGAGGAGAAAGCGUGGUGAUUUUUUGUGUUUGAGCUUGUCAGUUAAGGGGAAAGAUGGAGUGAUUAAUAAUUCAACUGAAUGUGUGGUGGGGAGUGGAGGUAAUGAGAGUAAGGAAGCCGUUGGCGUGGCCGCGGUGAAGGCGGGUAAAAGGGUGAAGGUUAGGUUAAGGGGCCGGGGGGCGGUGAACACCACCAAGCAUUUGUGGGCCGGGGCUGUGGCUGCCAUGGUUUCAAGAACUUGUGUUGCUCCACUUGAGAGGCUGAAGUUGGAAUAUAUAGUUCGUGGUGAGAAGAGGAACCUAUAUGAGCUUGUUAACAGAAUAGCUACGACUCAAGGCUUGAGAGGCUUUUGGAAGGGAAAUUUUGUGAACAUACUUCGUACUGCUCCUUUCAAGGCGAUCAAUUUCUGUGCUUAUGAUACAUACAGAAAGCAGCUACUCAAAUUAUCUGGAGAUGAAGAAACCACAAAUUCUGUGAGAUUUAUUGCUGGUGCUGCUGCUGGUAUUACAGCUACUGUGCUCUGCUUGCCACUGGAUACUAUCCGGACCAGGCUGGUGGCACCUGGUGGAGAAGCAUUGGGUGGUGUCAUUGGAGCUUUUCAACAUGUUGUCCGACAUGAAGGGUUCUUGUCUCUUUACAAGGGAUUAUUGCCAUCCAUUUUAAGUAUGGCACCAUCAGGUGCAGUUUUCUAUGGUGUAUAUGACAUGUUGAAAUCAGCUUACUUGCAUUCACCUGAAGGAAGAAAAAGAAUUCAGAAUCUGAAACAACAGGAUCAGGAAUUGAAUGCUUUGGAGCAACUGGAAUUGGGACCAAUGAGAACUCUAUUGCAUGGUGCUAUUGCCGGUGCUUGUGCAGAAGCUGCUACCUACCCGUUUGAGGUGUUGAGAAGGCAGCUCCAACUGCAAGACGGGGCAUCUAAAUUGAGUGCAUUAGCAACUUGUGUCAAAAUAGUUGAGCGAGGUGGUGUUCCUGCUCUUUAUGCAGGUCUUAUUCCCAGCUUAUUACAGGUAUUACCUUCGGCAUCGAUAAGCUUCUUUGUUUACGAGUUCAUGAAGAUCGUUCUUAAGGUGGAAUGAAUCACACAACCUUCUUAACAAAUAGUCACAGAGGGAAUUCCCAAAAUCUUAUAUGAAGGAUUAUUGAAGAACAAAAGUAGGAACCAAUGUCAUUUUAUAUUACCAUAAUCUCUUGCAGCAAGACGAAGGAAUCAUCAUUACCACUAUCCUUGUCGUUUUCUUGUUCAUUUUGAUGUAUGUUGACAUGUAUAAUAAUACAUUUCCCAAUUCAGGGUCCUUCAACCUCUUACAUGAAAAGCUUAUGUUGUUCA